AUGGUAAACCAGAUUAAUGGAUCAUUCGUUUACUACUUCUCAGUAUUCGGAGCUUGCAUACGGGAAUAUGCCCACAUGAAAAAGGUAAUUUCCAUUGAUGGCACACAUUUGUAUGAAAAGUACGGGGGCGUAUUGCUGAGUGCAGUUGCACAAGACACCAAAAAUCACAUCUUUCCAAUUGCCUUUUGUGUCGUCGAUAAAGAGAACGAUGCUUCUUGGACCUUCUUUUUUCAGAAGUUGAAGUCUAUUAUAGAAGAUGAACCAUAUCUAUUGUCAUCUCCGACAGGCACAUCAGCAUUGCCAAUGCCUUCUCUCGUGUUUACAGAUGCAUAUACUAUUGAUGAGUUUAGCAAGCAUUUAAUCGAAUUGAAGAAUAAAAUCCCCAAGGCAGCACAUGUCCUUGAAAAUGUGCUUAGUUUUGAGAAAUGGAGUAGAGCAUACUUCCCAGGCAAUAGGUACGAUGUGAUGACCACAAACAUUACCGAGUCACUCAACUCGGUGUUGAUGGAUGAACGGGAGUACCCCAUGUCAUACAUACUCAAUUCAAUUAUCAGAAAAUUUGGUGAAAAGUUUAGGGAGCGACAUACCUUUGUCGCUGGUCAAAAUAAUAAAUUUGUGUCUUGUGCGGAAAGGAUCCUAAGGGAUAACAAGAGUGUGAGCGAUUUCUUAUAUGUGACUAAUGAAAAUGGGGGUCUCAACCAAUUCAUGGUGUUCAGCAACGAUGUUGCUGUCAAGGUCAGUCUGUUGGAGAGAAGUUGUUCUUGUCAAAAAUUUAACUUGGUGAAAAUGCUGUCCGAACAUGCGAUGGCAGAUUUGCAAGCAAAGUAUGGCGAUGACAUAGGUUAUGGUAACUCUAUCUAUGAGUACUCUUUGCCAAUUUAUAAAGCUGAAAAUUACCUCCUCGCAUACUAG